UAGUAAAACAGGAGAAAAAGUGUUGAGGAGAUUAAUAAUUUUUUGUUGAAGGUAAAGUGACUGACCUGUACUUGCGCCUGGCCUGGUGUGCUAACGUAGCAGCUUCGCAUCGAUCAUGCAUUGUGUCUGAAACCUAGUGCAGAAAAGGCAUAGCAAGCAAUGCAAUCAACGUGAGCUGAGUAAUGGCAGAAGCCCCUGUGGAUCUGAGUUUGACCGUUGCAAGCACUGCACGAACACCUGUAGCCGCUACCUCCUCCGAGAAUAGCGGCACUGCAGUGGUGCCGAAUGCGGAGCAGGCAAAACCUGCUAUCCGUCGGAUGAAACGUAAAUCAUCACUGACUAGAAACUUUGAGGAACGGCGGAAAGAGCUGCAGAACUCGAGGGUCCGUUUUCGAGAAGGAGAGGAGCUGACAGAUUCCAGUCCUGCUCAACUGCCCUGGAAAGAUGUUGUGCCACCGUCAUGCUCACGGGUACUGGAAAUGUACCGUGUGGCAUGCAGCAAGGUCAAGGUGCGCCCAUUGAGCCAAGUGGUCGAAUUUGUUCAGAACAUCACCGAUUUCAACGCGCGCCAGGACUGCCUAAUGCUGAAAGGCGUCAGACUGGAUACUCGGCAUUGUGAAGCUUUGGAAGAAAUAUUUCGACGGGUCACUGUGAAUCUUCUCAAUGUCGAUGGAUGUGGACUGGAAGAUGAUGGUGCCAUGGCAUUACUGGAGAUGGUCGAAUUCUAUGAAGGAGCACACAUUCUAAGCAUGGGAAACAAUCCUAAACUCACCAGACAAAUGUGGCUCGCUCUGUCUCGCAUGAUGAAGAGGGCAACAUUUCUACACUACCUCGACCUGUCUCAGUCACUGACAGAUUUGAGUGCACUACCAAUGGUCUGCAGGUCUCUUAGGGCUAACUGUCCACUUCUCACGUUGCACUUGGAGCGCAAUGCCCUGGCUGGGCGUCGUCUGAUCAUUCUCGCUGCGGCACUGAAGUGCAAUACUACACUAGCGCAUCUCUACUUAGGAGACAACGGUCUCACGGCAGACGAUGCCGUUGCACUUGGCCAAAUGCUGAAGGGAAACCGGCGCCUGGAGUUGCUGGACAUCCGCGACAACCACUUUCUGGAUCAAGGUGUGACGAUACUGUGCCAAGCACUUUCGACCCAAGAGCAAGGUCUCAAUGCACUCGUUCUGUGGAAUAAUCGCUUCACGGUGAAGGCCGUGGGAGCCAUGUCAACAAUGCUGGCUCUUCACCGUAGCCUGCACACGCUUGAAGUUGGCCGCAAUCGCCUAGGCAACGAUGGUAUGGAGGGCCUGAAGCUGGGCUUGAUGCGCAACCGCUCGAUUCAGCGACUGGGCAUCAUGGAGCUAGGCCUCACCACUACAGGAACAAUUGCACUUGCCGAGUACAUCGGAGAGAGCCCUGUGCUGGAGACAGUCAAUGUGCGUCGAAACAACAUCCGUAUUGGUGGUCUUCUUGCGCUGGCUAGGGCACACAAGCUUAGCAAUAGCCUGAUAAAACUUGAUGUUGACACAAACAUCAAAUGCGAUCAGCGUGACCAGGAGAUCUUGAAAGAUCUGACGUCAUCUCUUGAAGAAUACUCUUUUCGUAAUCAACAGCUUGCUGCAAAGCGCCAGCUGGACGCUGAGCAGGAGGCCAGAUUGCAAGCGGAGUCAGAGACAGCAGCGGCGGAGAGCUCUGAAAGUACAGCUACAUCAGGAGAAGAUGAGCAUGAAUCCAGCGAGGCAGAAGCGCUAGCAGAGGCCAACUCCACGGAGGUCGCAACUCAAAGCAUAGACGCUGUAGAUGGUGAUGAUAAUGUUUUUAAAGAUGACGCUACCGGCAAUGGAGUAACUGCUUCCAGCGUGGCAAUGCCGGCUGUUGGUGAGGCCAGUACUGAGAUCGCCAGCAAUCUUCUAUCAGCGAAUGGUUCUGCUGGCGGGGAUGAAGACAUGCCUGACCCAGAACUAGCCGAUGAUGUUGCUAUUGACUUUGCAGAGCCAGGUGCCGAGGGCUUAGCACUGAAAGCGCCACGCAUUGAGGACGAAGAGGAUGAUGUUCUUGAGAUUAGCGAGCAGGGUGACGAAGAUGAUGAACGCGCAGCGCUAAAGUCACCCAUUGCCGAUGAUUCGAUGAACUUCAGCUGUGACUUUGAAGCAGCACUUGAAGAGCUGGAUCUGAAGGAUGAUGCAGCUCAGGAAACUCCCAAUUCUGGAUCAGCCGAGGACAAUUCCGAUGAAUCCUCUGUCAUUUCUUCAUCCGACAACAGCGGAACAGAUGCGUACCCGAAUGGUGAUGUGAAAUCUGCCCAUCACACCACCAACCAAGCAGAGUCCUCUGCGGAGGUGGUGGCAUUAGACCAGCAUUCUGCAGCAGAGGUCGAAUCUAAUGGGUCCUCUGCUACUUCAGUAAUCGAUAAGCCAGCAGAGAUAGUGUCAGAAAGCACUUCAUCACAGGAUGUGGAGGAAGAGCGCUCAGCAGAAAUGGAAUCAGUUGGCCCUGGAGAGAAGGAUGUGGCAGAUGAACCUGGAGCAGGAGAGGUUGCGUCCGGCGAGCCAGACGCUGUGGAAGCAGAUGAAGCCAUUGCUUAGCAAGCCAAGAGCGAAGAAAAUGAAUUUGUACCAUCAUUACCAGGCUGUUUGUAGCCUCCAGCGAUGUUCCCUGCAACUCCACCCAGCAACUCUACCCAGCAACCCCGGCAAUCUUGUAUACGGCCUAGUACUGGCUAGUUCUGUUUCGUCUCCCGAAAUCACUGACAGUUGAACCUGCUCGUCAUUAGUGGUAUUGUUGAUGAUAAUUAUUUGGGCAGCAAGUAGGUGCUGGGCUGUGGAGCUUGCACCAGUCUACUUGCGUGAUAAUUACGGUAACUCACUACUCAGCGAAGUGCCAGUUUUGUUUCAAGUUGGACGUGUAGGUCUAUCAGUAUGAGGUUACUGUUGAUACGGAGCAGCCUUGACUACGGCAGUUCUCCUUCUGGAACCUGUUCAAUGGAUGUACAUAGAAGCGGGCCACAACUGAGUUUAAUACGGUCUCUGUGAACACACUGCCUUUGGAAUCAUUCUGUUGACAUGCUGGUCCGGAGUGUCUAAUUUUGGUUGGCAUGAUGAGAUCAGUUGGUAAUUGGCAGGUGAUGUAGCAGGUUUCUGCGUGUUUUAUUGUUCUUAGACACCGGGCCAGUGUCCCUUUGAUACUAUACUGCAAUAUUUAUAUUUUUGGCUUCUGGGCACAAGGUUGAAAUGCACUGUCUUGCACCACUCCUUGUCUGGUAUGUCGGCGGUAAUGUCAAGCUGCUAACCGUCUCGUGACACCACCCUUAUGUUUUGUGUGUGUUUUAGAAAAAAAUGUUAUCAUGGCAGGUUCCAUCAUCAAUUGUCAUUCAGUCUGCUUUUCCUCUGUUAUGUUGUCAGCGAGGCCUGGCUUGAUGUUCAUGUGGUAGCCCGAUUGCGCCGUGUAUUUGGGACGUACUAAUCCCAUCCUGUUCUGCAUAUUUCUAAGUCUUUAAUCCCCCUCCCCCAUUGACUAAUACCGAGUCCUAAUUUUAAAUAAGUCAAGAUGCGAAUAGCAUUGAUUUUUUUUAAGUAUCUAUCCUAUGUGCGUUGAGCUUUUCUAGAAUAAACCUUUCCUUACUGCGGGCAGUGGUAUUCAAAUUCUGUUUUCAUUUUCUUCUACGGUGUCAGUGACGUCAUACAUGAUUCGCAAGAUGUUGGUCGUACGGCUUACUCUUCUGUCAUUAGUUAGAACUAGCCAUACCCUGCUGUUUACUUGCACCCAUACUCUCAGUGUUUGUUUGGGUUUUUUUUCAAUUGUUGCUCGUGCCAUCUUAGUUUAAAAGCCUUGCUCAGAUAUGUGCCACCGUUCACGGGAAGGUCACAAGAAAGAACUUUGAAAAGUGAAAAGUUGA